GUACGCUCACGCCUGCAGCCGCCCGCUGGUGCCGCCCGGCUGCCAGUAUGGAUAUGGCUCGCUCGCCCUGCGUGGGCUGCUGCUGCCCUGGGCGCCCCGGUGCUCCCCGAUGACACCAGCCAGCAUCGUUCGCAUAAAAAAAGGCGCCCACUAGCGCGCGCACCCCCGCAUAUACAGACACGCCGCGCAUCGCGAGCGAGCGAGAGAGAGAGAGAAAGAGAGGAGGGAUCAUUGAAAGCCGCAGCGCCCAUCAUCGAUCCGCCCCCGGCCCGUCUGUUCGCCACCAUUUCCUUCACCCCCUUCUUCUUCAAUCCCCUCCAUCAUUCGCUCCAAUACUCCGCCCCUCCCCCCCGCCCGCUUUCUCCACCAUCAGGGCGAAAAUUUUAUGCGCGCUUUGGGAAAGCGCGAGUUAGUUUUGCUUUGAAGCUGCCUGCCUUUUUAUCCAUCCGGGGCUGCGGGCGUCGGGAGAAGCACAGGUUCGAGUCCGGCUCCGUGUACUCCGGCCGGGCGUGGGAACCGAGGCGGCAGCGGCGGCAAGAGAGAGCUAGAGAGGGGGAUCUGAUCGAUGUCGUCGGCCGAGGACGGCUACUGCAGCUCGGAUUCGCCGCGGGCGGAAUCCCCCGACGAGCCGCUGCUGCCUGCGGCGGUGGCGGACGCGGACGCGGAGUCCCCUCGCGCCGCCGGGUCCGGGAUGAACAAGCGCGAGCGCGACCUCAGCGACCUCCCCGCCUCGCCGUCGUCGCCGCUGCCGCCAGCUAAGCGCAGCCGGAGAUCGGUGGAGAAGCGGGUCGUGUCGGUGCCGCUGGCCGAGUGCGGGGACCGGCCCAGAGGGGCCACCGGGGAGGGGCCGCCGCCGUCGGACUCGUGGGCGUGGCGCAAGUAUGGGCAGAAGCCCAUCAAGGGCUCCCCCUACCCACGUGGGUACUACCGUUGCAGCAGCUCCAAGGGGUGCCCGGCGAGGAAGCAGGUGGAGCGCAGCCGCGCGGACCCCACCGUGCUGCUCGUCACCUACACCUUCGACCACAACCACGAGGCGCCGCAGCCGAAGAGCAGCAGCUGCCACCAGCAAGGCAAGCCGUCCACGCGGCCGCCGGCGCCGAAGCCUGAGCCCGUGGUCGAGCAGGAUGAGCUUGGUCCGGAGCAUGAGCUGGCAGAAACAGAAGUGCCAGAGCAGCAGGAGCCGGUGGAAGAGGAGCAGGAGCAGAAGGUCGUCCCAGGUCUGGCCGGGCCGGAAGCGGAAGCGGAAGCGGAACCAACCGCAACGGUGGCGCCGGCGGCAGCCGAGGAGGACGAAAGCUUCGACUUUGGGUGGUUCGACCAGUACCCGACGUGGCACCGUUCGGCGCUGUACGCGCCGCUGCUGCCGCCGGAGGAGUGGGAGCGGGAGCUGCAGGGGGAAGACGCCCUGUUCGCGGGGCUCGGCGAGCUGCCCGAGUGCGCCGUCGUGUUCGGGCGACGCCGCGAGCUCAGCCUGGCCACCACCGCGCCGUGCUCCUGAUGCUGAUGGGCUUUCGACUAUUUUUACAUUUGUUUUCUUUUGCUCCCUUUUGGCACUAGUACAUAGUAGCUCUGAUCGAUGCACGGGGUUUAUCUGUUCAAGGCCGGCUGCUGCUGCUGCUGCUGCUGCCUCCCCGUGUUGAUUUGGUGCGCGCGCGCGCGUUCUUGUUCGUUCGUGCGUUCGCCGUCCAAAGGUUGUCCCGUUUGCGAUGUGAUUCCAACCAGAAAGCAGCGAAAGGUUUGGCAUUUUUUUGCCCC